AUGAGGCCGCCGCUCUACCGCUGCAACAACUUUACCUCGGUGGAGAGAGGCUACUCGGCGACGAUGGGUGGGGUGCUCUUCAGCGCGGGCCUCGUGGGCAAUCUGCUGGCCCUGGGGCUGCUGGCGCGCUUUGGGCUGGGGUUACGGCCGCCGCGCCCGCCACUCUCGGUCUUUUACGUGCUGGUGUGCGGUCUGACGGUUACAGACUUUCUGGGCAAGUGCCUCGUGAGCCCGGUGGUACUGGCCUCCUAUGCGCAGAAUCGAAGUAUGAGAGCGCUUGUGCCUGCUUCGGGCAACUCGCUGUGUCAAGCUUUCGCCUUCUUCAUGUCCUUCUUCGGUCUUGCCUCGAUGUUGCAGCUGCUGGCCAUGGCGCUGGAGUGUUGGCUCUCUCUGGGGCACCCCUUCUUCUAUCGACGGCACAUCACGCUGCGCCGGGGCGCGCUGGUGGCGCCCGUCGUGUGUGCCUUCUGCCUGGCUUUCUGCGCUCUGCCCUUCGCGGGCUUUGGGGAGUUCGUGCAGUACUGCCCAGGCACCUGGUGCUUCAUCCAGAUGGACCACGAGGACGGCUUGUUCUCGGUGGUGGGCUAUUCGGUGCUCUACGCCAGCCUAAUGGCGCUGCUGGUCUUAGCCACUGUGCUGUGCAACCUGAGCGCCAUGCGCAACCUCUACGCCAUGCACCAGCGGCUGCAGCGGCACCCGCGCUCCGGCACACGGGACCGCGCGCAGCCGGGUACCGGCGAGAAGGAGGAGUCCCCACAGCCCCUUGAGGAGCUAGAUCACCUCCUGCUGCUGGCCUUCAUGACCGCGCUCUUCGCCGUGUGCUCCGUGCCUUUCAUUGUCCGUGCUUACUAUGGAGCAUUUAAAGCUGUCAACAAGGCAAACAGUACCUCUGGGGAAAUGGAAGACCUCCAAGCCUUGCGUUUCCUGUCUGUGAUUUCAAUUGUGGACCCUUGGAUUUUCAUAAUUUUCAGAACGUCAGUAUUCCGGAAGUUUUUUCACAAGAUUUUUAUAAGACCUCUCAUGUAUAGAAAUUGUCACAGCAAUUCCUGUGGAACUAACAAGGAAUCCAGUCUGUAA